AGCCUUUAUAGUGAAGUCGUAUGGCAGAAGGCAGGUCAAGGGAACACAGCCUGGUUGGGAGGGGACAUCUUCAUCCUUCAUUGUGGUCCCAAACCAUGAAUAUUGUGGGUCAGUUUGCGGAGACGGUGUUUGUGACGGUGAAGGAGCUGUACCGUGGCCUUAACCCCGCCACUCUCACAGGAGGGAUUGAUGUCAUUGUGGUGCGACAGCCUGAUGGAUCCUUCCAGUGUUCCCCCUUUCACGUCCGCUUCGGCAAGCUGGGCGUGCUGCGCUCCAAGGAGAAAAUUGUGGACAUUGAGAUAAAUGGAGAGUCAGUUGACCUGCACAUGAAGCUGGGUGACAAUGGGGAAGCUUUUUUUGUGGAGGAAAAUGAAAACAUGGAGUUGCAGGUCCCAGCCCAUCUUUGCACUUCCCCAAUUCCUCUUGAAAUGUCAGAGGAGACUGAGGAGACCCCCGAGGGAUCCUCCAUAGCCGGGUCAGGUGCCCGCAGGAAGAAACGCCGUCGCAAACGCGUGCGUUCCGAUUCUCACCUGAGAGAAGAGGCCACCUCCUCAUCAGAUGAGAGAGAAAGAGAGAAGGAGUGGGAGAGAGAAAGUGAUCAGGCCGGGCAGGAGAGCCCUGCUAAGGAUGAGUCCGCCUUACCACUGCAAGUCAGUAAAUCAGUGUACUACUCGCUGUCUGAGGAGCCAAAUGAGGAGCUGGGGGCCACACAGACUAGAGACACUCAUCCACACUCAGAGGGAGAGCAGUCACCCUCUGAAAGCAGUGUGUUCUUCAGCCGACCAUCCUCUCCUAAGAGUGACUCAGAGCUUCUGGUGAAAUCCCAAGAGUCAUCUGGGCCUCAGAUACAGUGGAACUGGGGAGGUUUUCCCACGCUGUGUCAAUCUGAGCGGGCUCCAGUGGAGCUACAGCGCAUCUCCCCCUCCAGCAGUUCUCAUUUCCGCACCAUUGAGAGACAGGACUCCUUUGACAUGAGCUGUGAGCCUGUGAUCAGCUGUGGCAGAAUGGGCAGUGUAACAGUGGUCAGGCCACAACCCAGGACUCAGUCCCUAGACAUAGGUAGUCAUGCUGUGCAGACCACCCCUUUGUCCAGAGAGACAAACUCUCACUUCACCCAUUCCACCCCCACUGACCUCUCCAACUCUUGUGUAUCAUCAGAGAAGACUAAUGAAGACUCAGCACAGGCACUUGUAUCCACAUUAGGGGAAACAGAGAACAGAGACUCAUCUUUUUCUUCAGCUAAUCUAAUUAAUGGCACAGAUUCUCUUGCAAGCAAAGAAAAUAUCAGUGUUGAGAAUAAUAACACUGUGACUGACGGUGUGACCGAACCAAAUAGUGGACAAAGACAGCCCAUAAAUGAAAGCGAAGACAGCACAGUCACUGCAACAAAUCUCAUUAGUACAGAGUUAUCAAAUCCACAACAGCAGGGUACCUUAUCGGAGCAAAGCGAACAGGGUUCCACCGGCAGUGCUCCUGUCAGCGAGGGGGACAGUGGGAUAGAUCCCUGCGCUGAGGUGGGAGAGGAGGACGGUGGACCUGGAGGGACUGAAGGGUCAACAGGAGGCUCACUGACCAAUAAAACAGAGGGGUUAGCAAACUCAUCAGAGGCAUCCUCCAGAGUGGAGCAGCAGGACAAGAAGAAAGGUAAACGUAAUCACCAUCUGGGACCAACAGAUAUUUACUUGGAUGAUUUGACCAAGUUGGAUCCUGAGGUGGCUGCACUCUAUUUCCCAAAGAGCGAGACUGAGGGAGCGUCUCAGCACGGGGCAGAGCAGGGCUCCUGCUCAGGAAGCCAGUCACCUCAGUCAGUGGGCAGUGGGGCCAUGGACAGCGGGACCGAGUACCUCUCAGAUUCUGCCUCCUAUCAAAUGGACGUCAGCAUGUCCCUCUGCGGACAAGAGGGCGACACCAGCCAUAUCACUAAAGAGAAGUUUAUGGAGCACAUUGUGACGUACCAGGAUUUUGCCAGCAAUCCAGGAAUCAUUGAGGAUCCAAACCUUGUGAUCUGCAUCAACUCCAACUAUUAUAACUGGGCAGUGGCUGCACCAAUGGUCUUAUCAAUGACAACUUUCCAGAAAAACCUACCAAAGAGUACGAUAGAGCGGCUGGUGAAGGAUAAGAUGCCCAAAAAGUCUGGGCGCUGGUGGUUCUCCUGGAGGAGAAGAGACAUGGACAAUAGUCAGCAAAAGAGCUCAAAGGAGGAGCAGGAGGAGCCACUACCGAGUGUUUCUCACACAAUUAAAGCCACACUGGAUGACGUUGACAGCGAUGAAGCGGCAGGCCUCGGCCGAACAGCCAUGAUUCCUUCCAGCCUGUCACAAGAAACACUUAAUGCCGCUCAGUGUAUCACCCAGAUGUACCGCAAAUCACUACGUCUAACCUCUAAACAGAUCGAGCACUUAAACCUGCGUGACGGAGCCAACAAGGUGGUGUUCAGUGUGACCACACAAUACCAGGGCACCUGUCGCUGUGAGGCUGCCAUCUACCUGUGGAACUGGAACGAUCGUGUCAUCAUAUCUGACAUAGAUGGCACCAUUACUAAGUCUGAUGCUCUGGGUCAUAUUCUACCUCAGUUUGGGAAAGACUGGACACAUAAAGGCAUCGCCAAACUCUACCACAAAAUACACCAAAAUGGGUAUAAGUUCCUGUAUUGUUCAGCACGGGCCAUAGGUAUGGCUGCCAUCACUAAGGACUACCUUCACUGGGUCAAUGACAAAGGCAUUGUCCUCCCUCAAGGCCCUGUGCUGUUGGCCCCCAGCAGCCUCUUCUCAGCUCUACACAGAGAGGUUAUUGAGAAGAAGCCAGAGGUGUUUAAAAUUGCCUGUCUGAGUGACAUCAAGGAUCUGUUCAACCCAAAGAGACAGCCCUUCUACGCAGCCUUCGGCAACAGGACUAACGAUGCUUUUGCCUACAAGCAGGUUGGAGUUCCUGAUACCAGGUUAUUUACUGUCAACCCAAAAGGAGAGCUCAUCCAGGAGAAGACUAAAGGCAACAAGUCCUCGUACAGCCACCUGAGUGAACUGGUGGAACAUUUCUUCCCCGUGCUCUCUGUCGGGAACAGCACGUCCUCUGCUCUGGCCUGUCCCGAGUACAGCAGCUUCGCCUAUUGGAAGGAGCCUCUGCCAGAAUUCGACCUGGAUGCACUACUGUAGACACACACCUCUACCAAAAGCCACAUAAACAAGAUUUAAGACACAUAAAGUAUACUCUCUUUGUUCUCUCCUUUUCCCAAAAGGCAUUUGAAAGGAUUUUUCCCAGCAUGCCUGAAUACUGCCUUUGAUAGACCUGCCAACUGUAGUGCCUGUUUGUGAGACUUGGAAUAAACUGGAACAGAAAGAAGUGACUGUCCCGUCAUAUAAAGAUAUAUAGCCAAACCAAGUCGUAAUAUGCACAGACUCGACAUUUCAAAAUAAGUGUAUAAAACAUAAUGCAGUCCUUAUCUCAGUGCUCUUACACUGACUGUGGCUGUUUACACUUUUUUUUGCUAUUUUAUUGUGAAAAUCCUCCACUGACCAUGACACAACUGGACAAAUAUGCCUUUGGACUGUUUCACUGUUUUUUAAUUGUGUGCACCAGAAUCAUAGUCAUUCCAAAAUAUGAGUUUAAAACACCAAAAACACUUGGGAUGCCUAAAUCCCUCAUAUACCAAAACUACUGCCUGUUUUCUGUAAUCGUCUUGUCUUGAAGCUCAUCUUCAAAGCUUAAACAGACCUGGACACACACACACACACACACACACACACACACACACACACACAGCUACAAAACAAGCCUGUUAUCCUUCAUUCAGUUGAGAGUUGUGUACAUGUCUGUGUGUUUGGACGUGAGUGUCGUGGGAAGACUUUUUAUAGCUACAUGUAACAAGCAACCAAAUAUGGUGUGAGAAUGUGUUUAAAUUGCUUUGGAUUAUUUUAGUCUGUUUGAGAUAUGAGAUAAGUGGAGUUUUCCCAGAGUAUUGAGCGUUACUCUGUUUUUGUCAACCACAAGAGUGUUUCCUAAUUACAUUUGACUCACCUGAGUCAUAGGUAAUGAGAGCAUUGGAUGAGAAGCUAGACUUCAGGUGGGAUCACUGCUGAAUCAAAGUGUGCAAGUGAGUAUUGAUUUAUUUUAAUAUGUAGGGACUGCAACAACAAGUUGAUCUGAGCAUAUGGUCAUCAUGAAACCACAACAUAUACAUUUCACACGUCUUCUUUUAGGUAGGGAACUGCCAAGUUUAGAAAUGUUUGUACACUACAUGAGUUCGGAGGUGGGUCAGACUGACUUUUAUUCUAGAGAAGUGUAAACAGACCCUGGAGGGGAACAGUAGUGGUGUAGCCUGCCGCGGUGCCUUUGUACUAUAGUGACUGUUUUAUUUAUUAUUUUUGCGUGUCUUUCAUCAUCCAAUUGUGUGGAGAGGGUUUUGCUGAUGUCCUUGAAACCAAAUGUAGAAAUAUGAAUAAAUUAAAAAUACUUCAGCACUGUU